AUGACUACUAAACAUCAAUCUUCCUUAAUGGAAGAAGUAUCAAAGGCGCAGGAAACUCUGCAUUGCCUUUUUGAUGAGAUCGGUCUAACCAGAUAUGAUCGAGAGGGGCGGCAAGCGAGCCUAUUUGCUGCAUUAAACACAGCUCUACAGGACCAAAUGCGCUCCGUUAUCGCUGAAAAGAAUACAUUGGUUGAAGAAUGUAAUAAGGUCAUCUCAUCGAUAAAACAGAUGGAGAAAUCGCUCGACGACAAGACGAAAAAGUCUAGAGAGGAAUUGAAAAUCACUGCGCCAUUACUUAGAUGUUUAGAGGCGCUUCGGGGCAAGCAGGAGAAUGUCAAGGCAAGACAUGCAGAGAGAUACAAUGCUAUCAGAGAAUUGGCACGUUCAGUUGAAGAAUACGCUGAUCGCCUUGAGUCGGGCAUAACCCAGGUCCCCUUACCACCAGCGACCAAUGAUUCCUCGUCUAUUGCCUCAUUUGACCUAUCACACGCUUACUACGAGCGCCUUGAGAAUGAGCGCAGCCGUCUACGCAAGGAGUAUACCAAGCGCCUUGCCAACGUUACCUCACUGGCGAAAGAUAUAAUAAAUCUUUAUGCUGAGCUUGGUGCGACAGGUUCGGGCGUUGAUAAGACGAUAAUUGAGUUCGGAGCUACUAAUCCCGAGAAAUUGGGAUUGAAGCUGGACAACUUGAAUGAUCUCAUAGGGAAGAAAGAGAGGCUUGUCAAGGAAAAGGAAAAACGCAAGGAGAAGAUUGAGGACCUCAAACAGGAGAUUGGGCAGUUGUGGGAAAAGCUAGGUGAAGAACCUUCUGAGGGGAAGAGAUUCCUUGCACAGAAUAGAGGCAUUGGUCUUAAAGUUAUUCGCGAGCUUGAAGCCGAACUCGACAGGUUGUUGGAACUAAAGCGCCAGAAUCUGCAAUUAUUCGUAGAAGAUGCACGACAAGUUUUGCAAGAUCUCUGGGAUAAACUCUAUUUCUCCGACGAUGAAAUCAUGCAUUUCCAACCAGCUAUCGCAGAUGUCUAUACAGAUGCUUUGCUUACCUCUCAUGAGAUGGAAAUCCGCCGCCUACAGCUUCUGUUAGAAGAACGCGCUCCAAUAAUCAGCUUGAUCGACAAGCACCGCUCUCUCGUCAACGACCGCGAGCAACUGGCAAUUUCGGCGAGCGAUUCAUCUCGCCUUGUUUCCCGUGGCGGUUCUGGCAAUCGCGACCCUACCCGCCUUCUACGCGAAGAAAAGAUGCGAAAGCGGAUCGCCAAGGAACUUCCGAAGGUGGAAGUUGAAUUGAAGAAGAUUCUUGAGGAUUGGGAAAAGGAGUGCGGUGAACCAUUCUUGGUUAACGGGGACACAUACUUGCAAACUUUGAUUCGCGAGAGCCCCGUCCUUCAAUCGAGAGCAGGGAGCAAAGGACCCGCUCCAGCUCAGGCGACUGUCAAGGCAGGGAAAUGGAAUCCACCAGCUACGGGCUCCAUUCAGCGCGUCAGAUCUAAUACCGCGGGAUCUGGACAGCCGAGACCUCCCUCCCGGCCAAAGACUCCCAGUGGUCCUCCCAUGAGAUCCAAGACUCCUACCGGAGGAUCUACGCUUGUGUCCGCAUCGGUCGGUAGAUCGGGUGGGAGAAGCGUGGCCGCAUCACUUAGCAGAUCUAAUAGUGUUAGGACCCCUGCGACGAGCGCACGUCUUCCGAUCCCCCACACUACCGCUUCCAGCACUUCCACCACGUCUAGCAAUGCUAGUUCCGGCUCCAGAACCCCGACCAGACUCCGCGCACCAGCCUCACUGUCAUCAUUCCCAGAUGCCACUUCGUCCGAUAAGUCCACAACCAGACUUGUCCGCUCUCAGUCCGUCAAGCAACUUGAGCGUACGGGUCUAAGCAAUACACUCGGAACCGCCCCAAGAAUGGGCCAACUCCUCCCUUCCCAAACCAUGGGCCCACCACAACUCCCGCCCUACCUCCGCCAGCAACGGGAAAAAGAUCAUGAGAGAGAACGCGAGCGUGGGCGCGAGCUCCAGCGCCCCUCCAGCACAAGCCGGACCAUGUCCCGUGAAGGUACAGUCAUGAGUGUCCGCAGCGUGAGCCCGGAAUCCCAAUUCGGGGGUAGUGACGAUAACGAAGAUCAGAGGGAUUAUUGCGAGGGGACACCCAGACAGAAUGGUUACCCGAAGCCUCCAGUCAAGAGCUUGGGUUAUCAUGAAUCCUCGUCGUCAAAUGGAGACGCCGAAAGCACGCGUAUGUUUUCUGGAAGCUCCACCGGGACUACCGCCACUAGCGCUAGCUCCAAUGAGAACUGGCAGACUUUCGGUGAUGAGAGUGAAGAAGAGGGAAGCAUUGGUGGGGGUAAUGGCGGGGGCUAUUAUAGAAGGGGAUACGCUGGAUAUCCUUCCAAGCGCGUUGGUGGUGGCGGUGGAGUAGUCAUGGUGAGAAACGAGGAGGACGAGGCUGAGGAGUGGGAGGAGGGUGAAGCUGCCGGGAGAUAUUAAUUCCCACGUACUUAAAUUCUUGCUUAUUAUCGCUCCUUCCUUUCUUUUUCAUUUAUUCAUUCAUUCAUUCAUUCGUAUUCCUUCAUUCGUUUUCGCAUGAUCGCAAUGAUGAUGAUAUCAUUAACUCGACAACCUACCUAUCUACCUACUUGCCCACAUACCAACGCAUUAUGCAACGAACGGCCUUUAUGCAAAUGAGAACUAUGAGCGUCAUUUCUUGUAUUGCUAUCUCUGCAGUUUUUUUUCUCGUCUGUCAAGGCUAUUUCUUGUUGGGUAUGCUUUUGUAAUACCUACCCCCUUC